GCCGCCGCCGCUGCUACUGCUGCUGCUGCUGCUGCUGCUGCUGCUGCGUGCCAGUGCAACGCCAUUUUCUGCGUCCGCGGGUGGUGAAGUCGGUUCUCGCGAUCGGUCGAUCAUCGGACGGCCCGUCGCCCCGUGAUCGCGACCCGCGUUCGACGACGUCGUUUCGCCUUGAGAUCGUUGCACCGUUCCCGGCGACUUCGUCGUCCGCUGUUCUCCGCUUCCUUGUGCUGCCCGUGCUCGGCUUCCUCGCCCGGGAUAUGUGCGAACACGCGACCAGCCGUGCGACGGAUACGAUGGUCUCGAGAGAACGGUGAGUGAGCUUUCGCGAGGAGUGAGGCGAAACGAGCAUCCGAGCUGAGGAUGCCACUUCCGAAAAGACUGGUGGAGCCCGUGCACGUAGCACGCGGCACUAUCCCCGAGGACUUCCCGUUGCCGUCGGAGUUGGAGGCGGCCACCAAUGGCACAUUAGCCAACACUAUCAGACAACUAUCCAGCCUGUCUAGGCACGCCGAGGAUCUGUUCGGCGAGCUAGCGAGGGAGGCCCAUGGGCUGAGCGACCGUGCCAAUUCACUGCAAGCUAGGAUAGACCGCUUAGCUGUCAAGGUCACUCAGCUCGACAGUAACGUGGAAGAAGUCUCGUUACAAGACAUACACAUGAGAAAGGCGUUCAAGAGCUCCGUGGUGUUCGACCAACAAGUCGUCUCCAGGGACACGAUGCCGACGGCGAUGCUGGAGACGUAUCACCAAUGCGACACACCGCCGCCGCUGGAUAAGCUGAAUAUUUACAGGGAGGACGGUAAGGACGGCCUGAAGUUCUACACCGACCCGAAUUACUUCUUCGACCUCUGGAGUCAGGAGAUGCUCAAAGACACGGAAAAGAAGCUGCAUGAUCGGGGGAAGAAGAGCGAGUCUGAAUAUGCCGAACCGUUCAGAGAGCCGCACAGGCCUCGGAACGAGGAUGGCGGCGGAGGAGGUGGCAGACACAAGAAGCGCGUGAGACAGCCCCACAACACCAGGGAACGGCAACGGCAAUUGGCCGUCGGCCACGGCGAGUACAUCAUGCCGUCGCAAGGCAUCCAGUACAGAGCGCCGCACAGCGUGCCCGAUGAUGCGCUGCUGGGCAUGGUGAUGACGGAGCCGCGUCCACCGAGGCCCAACAGCAUCGAGCUGCAGCGGAGUUACCCUCCAGAGGGACAGCAUCUCUACAGUCCUCCGUCUUCCGAUCACUACAGGGCGACAAACUACGUGACUCAGGGCUACGACGAGAACCUAUACGGCUCGCACUACGCUCCGGGUCAGGUGCCGGCAGGCAGUGAAACGUAUCAGAGCCCUGGCGGUCAGAGCACGCCGAGUAGAGGUGGCAGGUCGCGGCCGUCGCAACCUCCGCCAGCACCGCCGAGCAACGCUUCCAGCAACUCCACGCCCACAGUGGCCUCCGCCAACAAUACGCCGACAAGGGGAAGAUCGAUGAGUACCGGCAGGGAUACUUUGCCGCCGCCGCCGCCGCCACCUGGAGAAACUAUGUCUCCACCUUCCAUGAACGGCUCCAUACCGUCGCACUUACUGAACAGGAACGGCAGCCGGUCGGACAGUCCUUUACCAAGUCGACGCUCCACGCCAACACCGCCAAACCACGCGGGACAGUUGGGUACGGACGAGAUAGAUCCGGCACCCCAAGAUCUUCCACCGCCACCGCCCACCCCUGACCCCACUCCACCGAGGCCGAUCUCACCUCCGUGCAACAUCCCGCCACCACCGCCGCCUCCGCCGCCACCACCGGUCGCCAACGGGCCCGUUGUGGUGCCGGCGAUGACGAACGGCGACAUUGCGAAGAUGAUCGCGACCAACCCGCCGAAACUGAAGCCCCUGAAGAGCAUCGUGGCGGACGGAAACCUGAGGAAACCCGUCAACCCGAACAUCCCCUUGGUCGACCCUCGGAACGAUCUGCUCAAGGCGAUCCGCGACGGCAUAAAGUUGCGCAAGGUGGAGAAGAUCGAGCAGAAGGAGGUGGAGCGCGUGAACGCUCUCAACGACGUCGCUUCCAUCCUGGCGCGCCGCGUCGCCGUCGAGUUCAGCGACAGCGACUCAGCCUCGGAGAGCGAGUGCGACAGCGAGGGAUGGGGCGAGCAGGAGAGCAAUCUAGCGUGACCCAACUCCCUGCCAUCCGCCGCCACCGCUGCCACUGCCUCCUAGGGAAAAGGCUGACGAUUCUCUCGAUUCUUUCGUGUCUCCGUAGCCGAACUACAACUCGUCGUCUGGGAGGAUCCGCGAGGACGUUCGCGCGCCUCACCUUACAUUAAGCGAGCCCGGAUCCUUCCGGGACUGGAAUCAAGCGAAUCCUCGGUUCACGUUCUCAACGAAGAUCGCUCUUGUCGCGGGGGACACGCGUUGUAAGGAUAUGAUUUUAUAUAGAUUAAUUUAUUAGUCAGUCAUCGAAUGCGCGCAAACAAAGACAGUCCGUUGUUCGAUCCUUCUACAUUCAUACUCCUCGUUACUUUCGUUACUCAACUCAACAACAACGAGAGAAAUCAAAGUGGAAUUGUCGUUUUUCGUUAUCAGCUUGCUCACUUCCCGCUGACUGGAGACUUUAUCCUGUUGAAAGCAAAACGGACAUUUCAGCCCUGAGGAGAAAAGUAAAGGGGAAAAAUACAUUCGAUCUAUGAGAUAUGAUACGUCAUGCGUUGACACGUUGACUGCCAUGGUUGUAAAGUAUAUAUAAUCCAUUGCUUGCAAGAAAUUAAGUAUACGUAGUCAGUAAGAUGCGAAUCAAACGAAUUAGUAGCGAGUAGAGAGAUCGCGCGCUUGUUUACUUUCCAUUUUAUCUUUGGCGACUCAGAUUUUCUAGUUGAGACUUAGUCGAGCAUCGAGGCGGCUGGUGCAAAUCAGCAGCGAAUGGCAGUCAACGUGCGCAGAGGUUCAGCUCCGACGACUUUUCGAGUCCGUCACAGCCACGGGGCUCGUUUAUUCUUAGGUCUCUCUCACCCGUCAGUCAGCCCGCAACAGCGAAUACCGGCCGGCCAAUCAGUCACAGACCGAGGCAAUAGCACACGCGCAGUUUUAGUUUAAUCACUCUCUCUAUCUCCUUGAGACGUUGUCGAGGACGCGCUAAUUGCGGUCAAUUUGAUCGCGACGUAGCCCUCGUUACGGCGAAUCGCGCGACAUAGUUUCAAAAUGCAGCGAACGGGAGCUCGUGAGCUCGCCUAGGCUCGCGCACGCACACGCGAGCUUCACACACACACACACACACACACACACACACACAUAGGUUAUUAACGUAAAAACGUAGGGGGAGAGGGAGGGCUGUCGACGCGGUUGCGACCCCCUCCCCGGGGCCCGCUUGCGCAGGAGGAAGAAGAAGAAUCGGCUUGACAGUGGCUGAACGUCGCGCGUUUACGAAUGCAAAAGAAAGAAAUUACUAUUCUGUAAUGUGUUAAUAAUGAUUUCAUUAGUUCUCCAAACGAACUUGCGCGUCACGUAGGUUCCCCGACCGAGCUUAAUGAUUAUUUGCGUAAAUUUCAGUCGAGUGGAAUCGCACGAAUGUAAAACUUGCGGAUUUUGGCAUUCGGUGACUAGCGCGUGUCGUUCAGGCUGUCAGCGUGACACGCGCACAGAGACGAAGACGAGAAAGCGGACAUCGGUACUCUUACCGAGGUCGUGGCUCGACCAGCUCACCGCUCGCCAGGCGGAGCGACUUCCUUUCCCGGCACAUUCCAUAGAAAUGUUGUACGCAACGAUCAUUCAUUCACUCAUUCACGUUACGAUAAAAAGGAACAGAAGGAUUAAUAACGAUAAUAGUAUAAUAAUAAUGAUAAUAAUUAUGAUAAUGAUAAUAUAUAUAUACACAUGAUAAGUAUCUACUUACCCUGAUAGAGGCGUGCGCGCUCCGCGUUAAUGAGAUGCCGUAAACGAGACAUCGGUGCGAGUUAAACCAAAAGGCAGGGUUUAGGUAUUCUCCCUCUCUUUCCCGUGCGCGAGGAACUGUAAGAUGAAACACUGUCUAUCUGUCUGUCUGUCUGUCUGUCUGUCUGUCUGUCUGUCUGUCUGUCUGUCUGUCUGUUUGUCUGUCUGUUUGUCUGUCUGUCUGUCUGUCUCGUGAUUAUUUCGCGUGUCUCGCUUGGUCAUACGCACAGAAGAGUCUUCCGUCAGAGCGGAUCUCUCUGUUCACCGCAUUUCCGAGCCGCGAUCUUCCAUGCCGCGUCGGCGGGCGUUGAAGGAUGAUGAUGAAGAGUCGGGGCGGGGUGACGCCAAAGUCAUCGCACCGUUCGCGCGAAUAUCUCUACCGAGAAUCCUUAUUUUUAUACGACAGUUGCGUAAUAACGAAAGAGCAGGAGGCAAGAUGGAAGCCUGGAACCUUUCACUUUCGUUGGGACUCUACAGACAACGAAUGAUUAUAUUCGCUCAAUUGUUGGAUCUUAUAUAUCAUACAAAUUGUACAAUAUUGUAUAUAAUUAUAAACGUACUGCGUAUUGCGUAUGUAAUUAUAAUUAUAUACUUACUUAACAAUUAUUUUCUCUCUCACUUAGUUUUCACACAAAUAACUCAUCGUCGCGCGUCGCAUGCGACGAUCUUUUUCUCGAACAGGAUAAAACGGGGCGCACGGGGAUUUUAUUUAGAGACAUCCGAGAGAACCAUGCGAUCACUUCGACAGCGUUCACCCUGCGCGGUAGAGACACUCUCUCUCUUUCUCUCUCUCUCUCUCUCUCUCUCUCUCUCUCUCUCUCUCUGUCGAGAAACCAAAAUACUCCAUUAAACGUAGGGCGCGACGGCGGUGCGACUAAACGCGGCUGAGGAUCGAUAUUUUUUAGCGUAACUCGACUCGGGCGAGAAAGAGACGGGGAGAGAAUAUAAAUAUAUACAUAUAUAAAUAUAAAUAUAGAAUCGUGUAUCGCGUUGUUAACGACGAGGAGCACACAGAGUUGCCAAUUGAUACGGUAACGGCGAAGAGAGGGGAGAAAUGAUUGUGAUUUAUUUUGCAUCGAUAUGGGUGAAGUACGACGACGACGACGACGACGACGACGACGACUACUACUCUAAAUAAGCCGAAUACGCAUAUGUAUACAUUAUACAGAUUAUAUAUAUAUAUAUAUUGAUCGUUAUGUAAGGGAUCGCCGUGAAAUCCCACGGGCGGCGGCAAAGAGGACGCAUUUUCCUUUCCUCCUUUCCCGCCACCCGCCGGUGGAUUUCCCCGAGUGAAGUCUGUAAAUUUUCUUGUAUGUACCGCGAAUCUUCUUCUGUAAGUAAUUGAUGAUAGCUACCGAUAACGCAAACUGCGAGCGAGCGAUUCUGUUGGACGCGAGGCGCACGAACGUUCGAAUGUUUUGCCUGCUGAGCGAGCUGCUGCGCGAGUCCAUUCGUUUUUGCACUCGAAUCCUUUUUUUCAUUUUUUAUAUUUGCGCACCAUUCUUAUCUUCUUUCGAGAGAACAGUUGGAUCGAGCUUCGCUCGAGUUCUCCUCGGGGAGAAUCAAUUUUUCCACUCAUGUAUUUUUCCGUUUCUUUCCGUUUUUUUCAAUUUACAAGGAUAAGCCAGUUUCAAACUUCUCCGGGCGAUUAUGCGCGCGCUUAUCUCUCUCCUUCUCUCCUUCCUUUCUCAAGUCAAACCCUUCAUUUCACCCUCUUGUGGGCGUUCGAUUGAGUCGAGCCGCGCGUAACUGUCACUCUUAUAUUUAACAUUUCACCGUGUGUAUAUAAAAGUAUAUAUAUAUAUAUAACGCGAGCGCGUGAAGGCUCAGCGGCACGCGCGAGCGAUUCAUUGGCGGCGGUGGCGGCGGCGCGUGUACAUUUUCACGUGAAUCUAAGGUCACAGCCGGAAACUGAUGCGGCGUAAUAAUAUUGUAACAUUACAGCACCCGUGCCCGUGCAACAACGCGUUUACAUGCGCGGCUCGUCGAGCCGCCUGAGAGAGAAUUAAAGCUCAAGCCUCGGUUAGUUUAUUUAAAGCUGGACAAAGUCUCGCGCGCGCUGUAAACACGGCGCGAAGUUCAACCGCGCACGCGCGCGCGCGCGGUUCGAUCUCUCGAUGCGCCCGCGGGAGGAACGAUCGGUACCCUUCGCGACGAAGCCGGCGAGGCGCGUCGCUCUCUCUCUCUCAUCUUACGUCUCCACGACUUUGUUUAGUUCUUUAAAUAAAUUAUGCUCUCCACGUUGAGUGUUUACUUUUUAUUUCGCUAAUUUUUCUCAUACAGAGGGUGCACCAAUAAUUCUCCCCUAUCUCUCUCUCCGGCUUUCUCCUCUCCAAGCGUCAGUCAGUUGUUUCUCGUGUUUUCACUUUUUCCCUCAAUGUCUGAAACAUGACGAGUCCUCGAGGCGUACUGUCGAUCCUUUCGGAGAUAUUGGCGCACCCGGCGUAUACAAGUAGGAGCGAUACAACGCGCAGCGUAGGUAGACGUAAGGAAACUAGACGUAAAAGGAUAUUCUUAGCUAUCCCGCCAAUUUACGACACAGUAUUUAUCGGAUGUUUUUUCUAAGGAUCAAUGCGAAGAACGAAGAGGGUAGGAGAGGGGCGAGGAGAAGUGUUUUCUUUUUCGGACGUGAGUCUUUUCGACGUCGCGCGCACGCGAGUUUGUACGAGCGGAAAAAUUGAAGAGAAAAAAGAAAUAAAGUAAGUAAUAGCUGUAUCAUUCACUCGUCGACCGACAUGCUUAUAACCGCAAGGUUUCCCGUACUAAAUUAUUGUAAAAGCCGCUGUACCUAAGUCCACGGGUAUUCCAAAGCUUAUGUAACGAAGUUUAUGCUCGAGGGGUAGUUGAUAAAAAAAACGACCGUCGGAAGUCGGAUGUAGACCGACGUACACACACACACACACACACACACAUGUAUGUGUGUGUAUGUGUGUGUGUGUAUACGCGGGAACCCGACGAAGCAACAAAAAAGGGGGGAGGGAAGGAGAGACUAAAAACCUACGACGAAGACGAACGUUCUGGGCUCUCUCUUGAAUUGGUCCCUCUGGGAUCCGCGGGAGAGGGGGAGAGAGAGAGAGAGAGAGAGAGAGAGAGAGAGAGAGAGAGAGAGAGAGAAAUCCAGCCCAGAAUGCGAGCGUCACUUACCCACACCGUUACAAAUAUACGAUGGUAUUAUUAAUAAUAAUGAAUUUGUAGCAAAUCUGUACAGAGCCAAAUAAAUCAAAAAAAUUUCGUAA